GCCGUGAGCUGUUGCCUUCAAGAAAACCGCGGGCAGCUCAGGAUGGCUUCAAAAACGGUCUCCGAUCGACUAAUUUUAGUCCGUCGUGCGUUGAUCGAGAGCAUGGCCCCGUGGCGUCCCGACCUCUUCAGUGCCAGCGCGAGCUUGCCACAGCAUAAUCUCUUAGAUCUUUUGUGCCGAAGAGAGAUUGUGUACGGCAAGGCCUUGUCGAUGGAGCCCGUGCUGUGUCGCGUCGCCGCCUUGUUGGAGGCCGAGGUCUCGUCCUUCUGGCUCUCAUUUCUUUGUCCGCUUCCUACGAUUACUAGUACUGCAUUGGACACGACACGACGCGCAUGACGCUCGCAACGACCCUCAUGCUGCUCUCGACCAAGCACUACAAGCUCGUGCGGAAGAACCCGUUCUUCUUUCGAGCCCUCGUCGUUCGGCGGCCCAGCGUCACCAAAGUCACCAAGCUCCACGAGCAUCUUCAGCUCUAUGGACCGACGCUGCACGCACUGGACGUCUCGUUUUGUCACGAAUUGAUCGACGACGCGGCGCUCACAUCGAUCGUGUCGCAGUGCCCCCGCUUGCGCCACGUCAUUCUCUGGGCCUGUCAUCAGCUUACCGACCGAGGCCUCAUGGCGCUCGCCAUGCACUGUCGGUACCUCGACUUUCUCAACUUUGGUGGCUGCCGCCGCGUGACCGACGCCGCCCUCGACGCGAUCGGGCAAGAGCUCUUGUAUCUGGACAACCUGCAUUUGAGCGGCUGCAAGAACGUCUCGGACGCAGGCAUCGCGGUUUUGGCGACGUACAGCCGCGUGCUCUUGCAGCUCACGCCCGAAGAUGCCGCAAGCUUUCGCGUGCCCCAAGAGUUUGACUUGCACCACAUGAAGACACAGCUGCGCAAGUUUGACUGCAAGCGCGUCGCGUACCGUGAAGCUGCGCCUGGUGACCACGAACUCGUGCUCUCGUUCGGGUCGCGCCCCAAAGCUGUCGGGCUGUGGUGCACUUUGGACAGUAAAGGGCGGCAAAACAAAUAUGUGCCCAAGCUCACGUCGUUCGACGGUACGACCGCGUAUACCGGGUACUACCAGUGCAUCUCGCUCAAGGUGCUCAAUGUCACGGGCUGCGACCGCGUCACGGACGCCAGCCUACAAAAGCUCCGGGACCACCACGUCCAGCUGCGCGUUGUGCGCUAACUCGAGGGAAUUUCCUUGGCGACGCUGAAGAUUUCGCUUUUACCCCACGCAACACGUUGUUUUUCCCAUUAGAGAGUACAUCGUCUCCGCAAGACAAGCAUGCGGCGCGUCCUACUAGGGUGGGUCUGGCUUUUGUCGACGGUGUCGGCAGCGCAGAACGACACUCCUAAAA